GGGACAUAGCAAAAGCAACGCCAUCACGCACACUAUGGCUUUUUGUUUAGUUUGUGAUGGAAUAUCUCUAAACUUGUUUCUUCUCUCUUCCACGUUCUCCAAAUGCAGUACUGCAACAUUUGUUCAGAGGUAAAUUUCCUCUCCAUGUCUUCUUCCUCCAUGUCCUUUCAACUGCUCCAUCAUAUACCAUAUGGACACCGAUUCUAGUUUCUUGCUUCAUACUUUCACACAAUACCAAACACCAUAGCUUUUGCCAAACUAGUCUCUACAUGGCACCCUUCAUCAUCUUCAAGUCCAAGCUUCAAUCUAGAGUACUUGUUCUUGUCCUCAACUUGGCUUUCAUCUUCCUCUUCUGUCUACUUCUCAACCUUUAUCUCCACCCUCCUAACGAAAAUUCUCAAGGCCACUCCAAUGCCUCUUUCCUCUCAAUCUUCAACCAUGCAAGGCUCUUCAGAGAUGUCAGCGUUGAAGGCUGCACUGAUAUACACAAGUAUUCAGAUUUUGACUCCAAGUGUUUGUAUGUCAGAACUAAUCUCGAGUGCAGUUCCUUGGAGGGUUUGUCCAACAUCUUGAGGCUCUCCCCCACCAUUGCAGGAGUGACCCUUCUUUCUCUGGGAAAUGGCGCUCCUGAUUUCUUUGCCAGCGUUGUGUCUUUCUCAGGAUCAUCCAGCAACGGUGCCGUAGGACUCAACAGCAUCCUAGGAGGUUCUUUCUUUGUGUCGUGUGUUGUCUUGGGGGUCAUAAGCAUUCUGGUUAGCCCAAAUCAGGUUGAGGUUGAAAAGGCCAGUUUCAUCAGGGAUGUCCUUUUCUUCCUUCUCUCUCUUCUCAUCCUCCUUAUCAUAAUUUACAUCGGUAAAAUCACUUUGUUUGCUUCAAUCUGCUAUGUUUCUAUCUACUUCCUCUACGUCUGUGCUGUCUCAGCCACACAUCUCAUAUACGGAGGGGACACAACAAAUGCAAGGCAAUAUUCAAUGUCUUCUGACGAAUCAUCAGCGCCUAGCAUACCUUUGUUGGGCUAUGUUGAUGAAGAGAAACAAAGUUUGGCAGAGAUAGUGGUGGUUGAAGAUAAGGACCAAAAGCCAGCCAGUACUUUCGGUGAUGACUCAUUCUUUGGUUGCCUCUACUUUGGAAAGUUGCUACAAGUGCUAGAACUACCUCUUUGCUUACCAAGAAGGCUUACAAUUCCUGUGGUGAGUGAGGAGAAGUGGUCAAAGCCAUUUGCAGUAAUAUCUGUCACAUUAGCACCAGUUUUACUUGCAGUUCUUUUCAACACUCAAGGUGAAAACGUGGCUUCAAGGAGUAGCCUGGUUACAUACAUAGUAGCUGCUUUGAUUGGGAUAGUUUUGGGCAACAUGGCAUGCGUGACAACUGAUAGGUGUAGCCCACCAACCAAGUCCUUGUUUCCUUGGCUAGCUGGUGGCUUUGCCAUGAGUGUAACAUGGACUUACAUAAUUGCUGCCGAGCUAGUUUCUGUCUUGGUUUCAAUUGGGAGCAUAAUUGGGGUUAGCCCUUCAGUGCUAGGACUAACUGUCCUAGCUUGGGGGAACUCACUUGGGGACUUCAUAGCCAAUGGUGCCAUGGCCUUAAAUGGUGGGGCAGAUGGUGUUCAAAUGGCCAUAUCUGGUUGCUAUGCUGGUCCAAUGUUCAAUACCUUGAUGGGUUUGGGGUUACCCCUUGUUCUCUCAGCUUUGUCUGAUCAUCCAGACCCUUAUGUGAUUCCCAAGGAUCCUUCACUGUAUGAGACAAUUUUGUUCUUGAUGGGAGGGCUUCUUUGGGCACUUGUGAUAUUGCCAAAGAAGAGUAUGAGGUUGGAUAAAUCCUUAGGGGUAGGGCUUCUAAGUGUUUACCUCUGUUUUUUGGUUAUAAGGAUUGCUCUGGCUUUUGGGGUUGUGAAAUUCUAGCUAGAGAUGCAAAGUUUCUUAGGGGAACUUCAUCAUCAUAAGAGGGUCCAUUGAAGUCCUUCUCAUGGAACAACCUCAUGUGUGAUUCAAUCAUCAUACAUUUCACAAUCCACACCUCUACUUUGUACAUUUCCGUCUAUAUUUUAAUUCUUCUUUACAUAAUA